AUGACUUACGCACCAGAAACCCCAGAAAUUGCUAUAGUCGGCGGCGGUAUUGUAGGCCUAGUCCUGGCAGCAGGCCUCACUCGUCGCGGGGUGCAGGUAAAGCUGUUUGAACAAGCACGCAAUUUCCGCGAGAUCGGCGCUGGGAUCGGAUUCACACGUAACACUGUCAACUGCAUGGAAAAGAUAAGCCCAGGUGUCGUGCGCGCUCUACGAUCUGGAGGCUCUGUGAAUGUUUCCUUGGACCAGACGGACCCGAAAUCGUAUCUGCGAUAUAUUAACGGGUACGGGCUACAGCGCGAAGAUGACCCGAUGUAUCAGAAACCGUUGCUCAGAUUGGAUGCGGGUAUCAAGGGGUGGGAGACCGUACGUCGGGAUCAGUUCCUAGAUGACUUGGUCAAAGAAAUUCCAGAGGGAGUAAUUCACCUCCAAAAGAAACUGAGUAUGAUUGUGGAUGAGGAGGAUCGGGAUAAGGUUGUGCUGCAGUUCACCGAUGGGACUAGUGUUGAGGCAGAUGCAGUCAUCGCCACCGACGGUAUCAAGUCCACCGCACGAAAAAUCCUCCUGGGCGCAGAUAAUCCAGCUUCGUACCCGCAGUACAGCCACAAGGUCGCCUAUCGAGCACUUAUUCCGAUGGACAAGGUUAUUGCAGCCAUCGGUGAAUACAAAACUCACAAACAGCACAUGCACGUUGGGCCGAAUGCGCACCUUAUCCAUUAUCCAGUCAACACAAAUACCAUCGGCGCAACGGUGGUCAUUUCCGACCCCAACAACUGGCCACUUGACAAGCCCACCACCGCCCGUGGGUCCCGUAAAGACGUGUUGGAAGCUCUAGCAAACUGGAGUCUUCCUGUACGCAACCUCGUGAAUUUAUUCCCCGAAGAGCUUGACCAAUGGGCACUUUUUGACCUCGCCGAAUACCCUGUGCCAAAAUACAAUAAAGGGCGUGUCUGUCUCGUUGGAGAUGCUGCGCAUGCAUCCAGUCCACACCACGGGGCUGGGGCGUCCUUUGGAGUGGAAGAUGUGUUGUGUUUGUGUACGAUGAUCCCAGAGCAGACUGGCCAGUUCACUCGGGAGCUGAAUUUGUCAAAGGGCGAUGCACUACGUGCUGCCUUUGAGACAUAUGAUAAGAUGCGACGGACACGGACGCAGUGGCUUGUGAAUAGCAGUCGACGGGUGUGCGAUCUGUUCCAGCAACCUGACUGGGCGGAUCCUGCUAAGAGGGUGAAAGCAGAAUCGUGCUUUGAGGAAGUGAAGGAUAGAUCGUUCCAGAUCUGGCAUUUUGAUUCUGGAAAGAUGGAGGAGGACACUAUCCGUGAUUACAAGGAGAGGGUGGGAGCAUCGAGGAAGAUCAAGAAGAUGAACGGAGUCAGUUGUAAAGCUACUUUAGAUACGUCUUCGGAGCCGGAGUGGCUUUUUUCGGCCUAA